AUGCCGCCCGGCCCGGCCUCCACCGCCCCCAGCCCGGUCACGGUGCGGGCUCGCCGGCGCCCGGCGUGCCCGGGCACUCACCGCGUCGGGCCCCCGGGACUCGCAGCCGGCUCGGGCCUGGCCCUCCCCAAGCGCCGCUCCAGGGCCGCCCGCUCCCGGGAGGCCGCGGCCCGUGGUGGGACGGCCCCGGCCGGGGAGGUGACUGUGAACUCUUCAUUUACAGAAGAGAAAAAGCAAAUGAACUUGUGACUCACUGGUGGCGACACAGAGAAUGAGUCUGAGAAGGAUACAGACCAGAAUGAAAUGUCCAAAAUGAGUGAGCCUCAGGAGUGUCUUGCUGCUGAUGCCUCAGCAAAGAAGGCAACACAAGCUCCUGACGCUGACCUAGGGCUUGAAACUGAAUAUCCUGAGAAGGCCUUUGGUGACAUUAUGGGCACAGAGCCCAUAUAUUUGGAAGCACACAGGCUGAUGGAAAUGGUGCCUGCCUCACACUCGAUUCAAAAUUUGGCUAAGCCUUACAUAAAUCUGAACCACUAUGGUCUUGGUCCUAAAGGUGUCAAAGACAUGGUUAGUGCUGUGGAAUCCAGCACAACCAUUACACAAUUAGAGUUUGAAGACAACUGCAUUUUGGUAGAAGGAGCUAUGUGCAUAGGAGAGAUGUUGUGAGAGAAUUCAUCCCUUCAAGAACUACUCCAGUGCAGCACCAAAGGAGAGAUCAGCACAUUGUUAACAUACUUUUCUUCCCCACGAAACAACUUUGGAAAGGAGACUGCACCAUACUUUGCUGAGACAUUAAUGGGCAAUUAGCAAGUGAAGGAGCUGAACCUCAGCCACGAGGAGUUCUCUGAGAAAGGAGGACAGCUCCUGGGAUAGAUGCUCAGUAACUUAUUAUUCCUGCAAAGCCAGGAUGUCAUGAUGGCCAGUAAUCCCCUGACCACAGAAGAAGCCACUGCACUAGUCACAACCAUCAGAAAGAACAGAUCUCCCUCCAAAUUCAAGACUCCAGGACAAUACAUUAUAUCAAAGAGAAUUAUUUUCCAAGUCUACAAGGAAUCAGGCCUCAUGCUGCAAAGAAAAAGGUUCCAACUUGCAGAUCCUGACAAUCAGACAUUUUCAGAAAUUGUGAAUCAAAGUGGCCAGCACAUGCUCAUCUUCAGCAUCACACACAAUGAGUUGAUGAAUAAAACUUCCAUCAAGUUGCAGGAUUUGGUGUGUCAAACGCAUCCUGCACUAGAUGUCAUCUACAGUAAUGUCAAAGACUGUAUCACCAAGAUCCAACAGCAUCCAAAUCCCAUGGAAGUGAUUCAGAACUCUUUGAAAGAGCACAACCUACAACUCGAGAACUUCUUUGGGAAUAUUGAUAAGGAUGGAAACAUGAAGAUUCCUGUGGCAGCCUUCUGGAAAGCCAUGAUCAUCCCACUGAACUGAGUCCAAAUUGGCAAACUAGUGCACAAUCUAGACUGGAAUUAGACAGCAGUUGUGGAUUACAGUGCCUCUUCCUUAGUGCCUUCACUAAAAGACCAAGAGACAGCACAGAAGCCUGUGGAAGGGGAAAUAGAGGAAGAAAGAGAAGAGGCAUAA